AUGAUUCAAAUACUGCCUAAAAAGCACCAAAUACUUCCUACGACAACAUGGGGAAUCAGAAGCAGCUUGCAUUCCCUCAUUGCAAUUCUUGUAGCAACUCUUCUAAUUGGAGCUGUUUAUCUGACCCAAGAUGGUGGAUUGCAGCUGUUGUACCAGGAUUGUACGAUAAUUACCACAUUGGAAACUAGAGCAGCAGGAGCAGAGGACCCAAAAUUGUCAAUUAGCAGCAGCAAAAGCAGAAGCAGCAGCUGCAAUUUGUUUUCAGGGAAAUGGGUUUCUGAUAACCAGUCUUAUCCUCUCUAUAAAGAGAGACAGUGCACUUAUAUGUCAGAUCAAUUGGCUUGUGAGAAGUUUGGGAGAAAAGACUUGAGCUAUCAGAACUGGAGGUGGCAGCCCCACCAAUGUGACCUCCCUAGGUUCAAUGCCACAAAGUUGCUCGAGAGGCUAAGGAACAAGAGGCUUGUGUUUGUUGGGGACUCGUUGAAUAGAGGUCAGUGGGUUUCCAUGGUUUGCUUGGUCGAGUCUGCCAUCAAUCCAGACCUCAAAUCCAUGCCCAACAAAGCCAAUGGCUCUUUGCUCAUCUUCAAGGCCACUGAAUACAAUGCCACGAUUGAGUUCUACUGGGCCCCAUUGCUGGUGGAAUCAAACUCUGAUGAUCCAGUGAACCACCGCGUACCAGAUCGGAUUGUAAGAGCGCAGGCAAUUGAAAAACAUGCAAGGCAUUGGACGGAUGCAGACGUUCUUGUUUUUAAUUCAUAUCUCUGGUGGAGAAGGUCCCAAAUGAACGUCUUGUGGGGAUCUUUUGAAAGCCAAGAUGGGAUUUACAAGGAUGUUGAGCUGUUGAGGGUGUAUGAGAUGGCUCUCAAGACUUGUUCUAAAGAAUGGGGCGAGACAAGUAGGGAGAAUUGCUACAAAGAAACAGAGCCAAUUACAGAGGAGGGAUACUGGGGAAAUGGAUCAGACCCUAAAAUGAUGCGUCUGGUUGAGAAUGUGCUUGAUGGGUUGAGAGUAAGAGGUCUAGAUGUACAAAUCCUCAACAUAACCCAACUCUCAGAGUACAGGAAAGAAGGGCAUCCAUCCAUUUACAGGAAGCAAUGGGAGCCUCUAACUGAAGAACAAGUAUCAAAUCCCAGCAGUUUUGCCGAUUGUAUACAUUGGUGCCUCCCUGGAGUGCCUGAUGUGUGGAAUGAGCUCCUCUAUGCUUACAUUUUUCAACAAUAA